AUGCCUACCCAGCUAGAGAAGGCCAUGGACACCCUCAUUAAAAUCUUCCACUGUUACUCCAGCAAAGAAGGGGACAUAUUCAAGCUCAACAAAGGGGAGUUGAAGCUACUGCUCCAGAGUGAGCUCACUGACUUCCUAUCAUGCCAGAAGGAUCCUGAAUUGGUUGACAAGAUUAUGAAGGAUCUGGAUGCCAACAAAGACAACGAAGUGGACUUUAAUGAGUUUGUAGUUAUGGUGGCUGCCCUGACAGUGGCUUGCAACGAUUACUUUGUAGAGCAGCUGAAGAAAAAAGGAAAGUAG